AUGGAUGACGCUUUCAUGGGCGCCCGAACUCCUCGGAGCUGUCGUGAAUUCGUUUGUACGGCUGACUAUGACUACAAUUUCGUGAUUCCUCAGAGCUUGGUGAUCAAAUUGAACGCUGUGGUUGCGGCCGAAAAGAAGAAGCACCAAGAAUCGAAGCACUUCAAUGUUCAGCAAGGUGUUGAGCAUCCGGAGGGAUCCACGAACGAAGUCUUAGCUUUCUUUCCUGGUGGUACUCCUCGCUUCACUAGCUCUGUGUUGCUACAAGUGGUGGGGUCUACAGAAUGGUUGAGUAUUUCAUGGGAAAAGAUCCGCGCACACCCGGAGGUAUUCGAUGAGGAGACCGGUACGGCUGCUCUAUUGCCUGACGUCGUUCCCGCAAGUCAUCAACAACUGGCGGACGACAUCGUGCGUGUACUGGAAGGCGCUUGCCUAAGCUCAACCUUCCGACUUGAUUGUGGUGAGGGAACUGUCAUGGUGGAGAAAAUGGUUGGCAUGGUUGCCCGAGAUCGUAUGCUGAGUGAUACGAUUAUCGACUUUGGAAUUCGAUGCAUUUGUGAAUCGAUUGGUAACGGCUAUGCGUUGGACUCAUUCGCACCGUCAUUGGGAUGCCCGAGGCCACCUGAAAUCCCUAUUGAGAGCUGCAAGUACGUUGUGUUGCCUGUUCAUUUGAGCGACAUACACUGGGGUGUGAUUAUUGUCGACAUUUCAUACCGGACGGUGAUGGCGACAGUCACUCCGUAUUUCUACGAACCAUUGUGCUCUACGGCAUACAACGACACUCUUCAGCACACCUACGAGACAGUAGUGGCCGAGUUUUUGAAAGUUUGGCACGAUUCUACCACGCCGGGAGAGCCAUAUCCAAUCGUAGAGGAGAAUGUGUGGCUUUCUGGACCGAAGCAGCGUGACGGAACUUCUUGCGGAGUGCUAGUUCUCGCACAAGUGUACACGAUGCUUAAAAAUAGCUUGCUAUUUACCCGAUGUGCUGUAAGCCACGACGACGUCACUAUUAUGCGUCUCCGCAUUAUGUGGAUGAUCUUAAGGCAACCCGAGGUGACCACAAGAGAAAACAAAGUAGCAAAGGCUGUCCAAGACACAGAUUUUGAGCUACUGGCGACAAUUAAGACGUAA